GUCUCAUAUCUAAUCAGCCCUAGAUUUUGGCUUCUGGAACCUACUAUACCCCCCCUCUGCUAUCCCAAUUUUCCCCCCUUCUCAUUCCUCAACGCCGCAACACUCUCACAAGUCACGAGUGGAAAGCGUCUAAACCUCAGGCGUCGGAUUGCCUGAACCCUUCCCGGCGGCGCCGCGUAUCUACAGUAGACGACGCAGCGAGUCGUCUUCCAGCUAUCUCCUUCACGGUAAUUCAUCCGAUCGAGAGUCAAGAAUGGCUUUCUUUAGUAAAGCUGGGAACAUACUCCGACAGACAAUCAGCAAGACUCAUAUCAGCCAUGAGAUUCCUGCAUCUACUCCUGCAGCUUUCCAGUUCUUGCGAUUUAUGUCUUCAAAAGUAUUUGUGGGAGGUCUCCCUUGGAGUAUAGAUGAUUCAAGUCUUGUGGAUACUUUCUCUAAGUAUGGAGAAGUUGUUGAAGCAAGAGUCAUAACAGACAGAGAUACAGGAAGAUCCAGGGGCUUUGGAUUUGUCACAUAUAGGACUGCGGAGGAUGCUAGUUCUGCAAUCCAGGCGUUGGAUGGAAAGACGCUGGAGAACAGACAAAUAAAGGUAAACUUGGCAAAUGACAGGCCACGCACCUCUGGGGGCGGCAGUUAUGGUGGAGGUGGUGGCGGUUAUGGCGGUGGCGGUUAUGGUGGUGGUGGUUACAGUGGUGGCGGUGGUUAUGGCAGUGGCGAUUACAGUGGCGGUGGCGGUGGCUAUGGUGGUAAUAGUGGUUAUGGUGGCAGCAAUGAUGGAAACUUUGGAAACGAAAGUAGUGGGGGGAACUACAGUGGCAGUGUGGGUUAUGGCAAUGACAACUUUACUGGCGGCGGUGCCUCCUCGGACAGCCAGGGUUUCUCGAGCGGUCAGUUUGGGGAAGAUGACCAGAAUGAUGACUUUGCCAAAAGAGCAUAGGAAGGUGGUCAGUUGAAAAAUAACUUCAAUUCCUAGAUUUAUUGAAGAAGAUGACAUGACCUCUCUUUCACUCCCCUCUUGGUUUCUUAGUUCUGCCAUUAGUGUUUCAAGUCUUCAUCAUUUCGUUAUUGUUAUUUAUGACUACUAUGUUUUGUUUGGCUCUUUGAAUUAUGUUUGAGGUUUUGAAAACUCAAAUGUUUUUUGGUCCAAUUAUUUGGAGGCAUUAAGUUUGCAACCUAGUUAAAUUCUAUAACAAUGCAUUUGACAUGAUCUACAUCUUCUGCCAUUUGUAAAUUAAUCUACUCCGUUUAC